CUGGUGACGUCAUCAAGCCGUGCGAGGCGGGGCUGCGGACGGUGGGCGGGAGGCUGCCAACGGUUUUGAGUGUAGGGAGCGCCGUGAGGGUGUGUUGGAGGCGUCCUUGGGCUCCGGGACCGGGGCUCAGGGCAGGGGGACAAUCCCUUGUCCACACCUUGGCAAACUGAGGGCGGCUGAGGUCCGGCGGUGUGGCGAGGAGUCGCAAGGGGUGGUCGGCCUAGAGGAUCGCGGGCUAGGCUCGAGGGCGGUGUACUUUUUAGAGGUCUGAGGGGGUGACGAGUGUUAAUGAAGUUUGUCUCGGGACAGUGAGGACGGAGGGAUUCUAGGGGACCUUGCUAUGGCUUUCUCGCCAGGAGGGGUCGGAGGGGAUGUACAAGCGGGUUGGCCGUGGAUGGAAAAAGUGCAUGGCGGAGGGGUGUGAGCAGGUGGGGAGCGUGAGGUUCCUGCCUCUCUGAGACGGGCCAGGGGAGGGGCACAUAAGGAGGCUGCAGGGAUAUUAGGCCCCUACUGGGUUUAGGUGCAUUUCGGUUUGCACGUUCUGAGUUCAGUUGGCCAGUGAUGGCCUGUGCCAGAAGUUGAUCUGCAGCUUUCAGCCUUCCCGGGAACUGCAGGGGUGCUGUCGCCCCUCCGUCUUCUCUGCACACCCCCUCCUUGCUGCACCCUCCUUUCCCACCGUUCCCAGGUGCUGUGGAAGGAAAUGCUCUUGCCCUCUCCCAUGGCCUCUGGAACCUGUAACCAGAAAGCCUCCCUACCGCCACUCACCAAGGAUCCUUGGCUUGGAGUCUUCCUCCUUUCUCCCACAUCUUCUCCUUCCGUGCACUUUCCCCCCUGCGCUGCCCCCCAGCAGGACCAGGAAGUCCCAGCUCUGCUGUCCUCAGUUGUCUCCUCCUCGUACCCAUGGCGACAUCAGCUACGGUCCCCAGUUCACCCCUCCGGGCUGAGGAUCUCCUGAGUGACUCCUCAGAAGCCCCUGGGCUGAACCAGGUGUCCUCUGAGGUGACCUCCCAGCUCUAUGCCUCUUUGCACCUCAGUCGCCAGGCCGAGGCCACAGCCCGAGCCCAGCUGUACCUGCCCCCGUCCUCCCCACCCCCUCAUGAGAUGUUAGAUGGCUUGGCCCAAGAGCUGAGUCGCAGCUUGUCAGCUGGAUUGGAGAACAACUUGAAGAAAAAGGAUGGUUCGAAGCAUAUCUUUGAGAUGGAAAGUGUCCGGGGUCAACUCCAGAGCUUGCUCCAGACCUCACGCGAUACGGCCUAUCGGGACCCCCUCACUCCAGGGGCUGGCUCAGAGAGACGCGAAGACGACUCCUUUGACAGUGACAGCACAGCCACCUUGCUGAACACCCGGCCCCUGCAGGACUUCUCUCCGUCCAGCUCAGCCCCGGCCCUGGAGGAGCUGUUUCCCCGCUACACCAGCCUUCGGCCAGGCCCCCCGGCCAAUCCCCCCGAUUUCCAGGGCCUGAGGGAUGCGCUGGAUUCGGAGCAUACCCGCCGCAAGCAUUGCGAGCGCCACAUCCAGAGCCUCCAGACCCGAGUGCUGGAGCUUCAGCAACAGUUAGCUGUGGCCGUGACCGCCGACCGCAAGAAGGAUGUCAUGAUCGAGCAGUUGGACAAGACCCUGGCCCGCGUGGUGGAGGGCUGGAACCGGCAUGAGGCCGAGCGCGCAGAGGUGCUUCGCGGGCUCCAGGAGGAACGCCAGGCAGCCGAACUCACCAGAAGCAAGCAGCAAGAGACAGUAACCCACCUGGAGCAGAGCCUUUCUGAGGCCAUGGAGGCCCUGAGUCGUGAGCAGGAAGGCGCCCGACUGCAGCAACGGGAAAGAGAGACGCUGGAGGAGGAGAGGCAGGCCCUGACCCUGAGCUUGGAGCUGGAACGGCAGCGGGGCCGGGCGCUGCAGGAGGAACGGGACGAGGCCCGCGCCGCGCAGCUCGCCGAGCGCCGGCAGCUGGAGACCCUGAAGGCCGCCCUGGAGGAGGCGCGGCAGGCGCGGGCCGAGCACGAGCGCCAGCUGGAGGCGCGCCACCGGGCGCUGCGGGACGAGGCGCAGGCCCGCCUGGAGGAGGCGGAGGAGAAGGCGCGGCGGGAGGCGCAGGCGGCGCGGGAGGCCGAGCAGCAGCUGGCGCUGGCGCAGUCGGAGGCGCGGCGCUUGGAGGGCGAGCUGGACGCGGCGCGGAGAGAGAGGGACGCGCUGCAGCUGGAGAUGAGCUUGAUACAGGCCCGGCACGAGAGCCAGCGGGUCCAGCUGGAGUCGGACCUGGCCGUGCGGCUGGAGCAGCGGGUGGCUGAGCGGCUGGCCCAGGCCCAGGAGAGCAGCGUGCGGCAGGCGGCCUCGCUGCGGGAACACCACAGGAAGCAGCUGCAGGAGCUGAGCGGACAGCACCAGCAGGAACUGUCAGCUCAGCUGGCUCAGUUCAAGGUGGAAAUGGCGGAGCGCGAGGAGAGGCAGCAGCAGGUGGCGCAGGACUAUGAGCUCAGGCUGGCCCGCGAGCAGGCGCGGGUGCGGGAGCUGCAGAGCGGCCGGCAGCAGCUGGAGGAGCAGCGUGCCGAGCUGGUGGAGCGGCUCCAGGCCAUGCUGCAGGCCCACUGGGAGGAGGCCAGCCAGCUGCUGGGCGCCCCUGCCCUGCCUCCUGACCCCCCGGUUCCCACCACCAGCCCCGCCAGCCCUGGGCCUCAGGAGCCAGAGAAGGGGGAGAGGCGGCUCUGGACCCUGCCUCCCGUGGCCGUGGCCCUGAAGCCCGUGUCGCAGCAGAGCCGGGAAGAGCCGCCGCGGGUUCUCUGCAGCCCCUCCCCAGACCUCAGCCUGCUGCUGGGCCCCGCCUUCCAGAGCCAGCAUUCCUUCCAGCCCCUGGAGCCGAAGCCAGGCCUCGCUUCAUCCUCUGGGGCCUUCUCUGCAGCUGGGGCCUUUCACCCCGAUCAGCGGCCGGAGCGGCCGUUCCCUGAGGAAGACCCUGGGUCCGACGGGGACGGCUUCCUAAAGCCGGGGCCGCAGCCCCCUUCCCAGCUGGACGGCCUCAAGCACUUCUUGCAGCAGCUGCUGGAGGCCGUACCGCAGAACGAGGCCUCUUCUGCUGAUCUGCUGCCCCCGAAGGCAGGCGCUUGGGAGGAGGCCCCGCAGGUGCCACACCUCCCGCCCCCUGUUCACAAGACGAAGGUGCCCCUGGCCAUGGCGUCCAGUCUCUUCCGGGCUCACGAGCUGCCCCCUAGCCACGCACAGAGCAGCGGCCCCCACGCCGGCUCCCCAGAGAGAGGUGAGCGGCCGCGGAGGUGGGGACGGGCUCGCACCCGCGGGGCAGCUGAUGGACGUGUCGCAGCUGCUACGACUGUACCAGGCUCGGGGCUGGGGGGCUCUGCCCGCCGAGGACCUGCUGCUCUACCUGAAGAGGCAGGAACACGGCAGGACAGACGGCCGAGGGGACAGCGUCCCCAGAAGGACCACAGACCCCCGCUUGGCUCCCCUCCCAGGCUCUCCCGCGCCGCCUGGCUGCCGCCCCUAAGACGGACAGGCCUCCGGCGCGCAGGAAGGGGGGGCACCCUGCCCCCAGUAGCACGAGGAGCCGGGGGGGCAUCUGGAGAUGAGCCCCUCGCCCCGGCCGCUCUUCUAAUAAAUGUUCCAGUCUCUGUUCGAGUCUCUGACUCCUCAGGAUUUGACAAAAUGGAGAUUUUAUAGGAAAUGACUUUGUAAAGAAACCUUAUUCUGCUUGAGUAUGUUUUUUACAUGGUACACGUUUGUUUUCUGUUCCGUGGGAAAGAUUCCGCGGAUGCUCAGAAGGAAGCCCGCCUCUGGCUGUAGCUUUGAGAACGUUCAGGUUGGCUGUGGACUUAGGGAUGAUGCUAAUUUUCUUCUUUAUACACUCCUAUAUUUUCCCCAUUUUCUAAAACAAGUCUGUAUUCACAAUCAAAAAACAAACUUUUAAUAAAAGAGUAAGUUAUUGUA